CUCUCACUCCUCCUCCUCUCUCCUGUUUCUCCUCUCACGAGUUUAUUUUUGAUUUUCUCCGUGUUUCUGUUUCUCUGCUUCACUUAAACACGUUGGACUGGAAGAACAAACGCGUGUUUUUUGCGCUAAUAUGCACCAACUCUGUGCGUAAUUUCACCCACGCCGUCUUUUUCUCCGUCCUGUCACCGCGGAUGUGCAGCUCCAGGCAGAGGAUAUGUAUCAGGGCAUAAUGACCACCAACCACGGACCCCCUCCUUACGAGCCCGGAUUCCUCCACAACCCCUCGGCGGGCACCUCCCCGGUCUACGUGCCCACCACCCGGGUCGUCACCCCCAUGAUCCCGCCGCUGCCGUACCUCCAGACGCCCGGCUCGUCGCAGCAGAGCAGCCCGGCGUCGAGCCACUCCGCCUGGGCGCAGCCGGGCGCGGACCCGGUGUCCUCCUACAACCACUCCCCGGUGUCCCCGCGCUUCACCUUCUCCGCCAGCACGCCGCUGUCGUCCGGUGUGGCCGCGGCCCGGGAGACGGCGGUGUCCUACAGCAGCUCGCUCAACAUCUCCGCCAACGGGAGGGAGCACUACGGCGCCCGGGGCCUCGGCGGCUCCUACCACAGCCCCUACACGGCCUACGUCAGCCCCAACGUGGGGGGAACGUGGUCGGCGUCCCCCUUCGAUAACCCGGUGCUGCACGGCCUCCAAACCGGAGCUCCUCCUGGCACGACGAGGCACCCAAACAUAGAUCUGUUCGAUGAAUUUGCCGAGGGGCGAGAGUGUGUGAACUGCGGGGCGAUGUCGACCCCCCUCUGGAGGCGAGAUGGUACGGGCCACUACCUGUGCAACGCCUGUGGACUGUACCACAAGAUGAACGGCAUCAACAGACCCCUCAUCAAACCCCAGAGACGGCUGUCGGCCUCCAGGAGGGUGGGCCUGUCCUGCAGCAACUGUCACACCACCACCACCACCCUGUGGAGGCGAAACGCAGAAGGAGAACCGGUCUGCAACGCCUGUGGCCUCUACAUGAAACUCCACGGGGUUCCUCGACCUCUGGCUAUGAAGAAAGAAGGGAUCCAGACCCGCAAACGCAAACCCAAGAACCUCAACAAAUCCCAAACUGGGACUCCAGGCAGUGAGGGGACUCCAGUUACACCCAGCAGCACUCCCCGAACCUCCACCGCCACAGAGGAGCCUCGGCAGAUAAAGACAGAACCGGAAAGUCACAGCUUGUACUCACACCACAGCUCCCACACACAGAUUCCAGCCCUACCAGCCUACAUGGCGGCUCAGGGAGGCGGCAUCCCCCUCAAGUUGUCUCCUGGAGGACACAGCGGCUCCUCUGGAUCCAAACCCGAACCCUGGAACAACCUCAUCCUGGCUUAGAAGACCUGAGCAUCUUAAAAACAACUUCGUUAUCAACAAUACACCGACUAAACUCUCCUGGAGGACGUUCCUGUAGCAGACUGUUGCUGUUGGUCCGUCAGUGCAGAGAUCUGGGACAGAAAUAUUGAAGCUGCUGCAGAUGGGAAGAGAACCUGCACAGAUCAGAGCAACCAGAGACUGAACCGAGUUCGUGUUGGACAUUUGAAAGCAGAGAGGUGAUUAGAUUCACACACAUAAAAUAAAGGGGGGUUGUUUUGUCAUUUUCACCUUUUCUGCAACAACAUGUCAAAAAACUGUUCGACACCAAACGACGACAAACGACAGCAAUGCUCAAACUGUAGCUGCUUUUAUGUGAACAUAUUAAUGGUGCAAAGAAAUGCUGGACAUGCAAAACACACAAAAACACACAACUUUCUGUGAAAAGGUUGCACCACUGAUUUGUUACAGCAAGUCUAUUUUUAAAAGGUCAGUUCACGUGUAUAUGGAAAAAAAACAACUACACAUUUUCACACUUAGCCUUAAUGGUAUCUUUAUGACUAUGCCACCAAAAAGCAAUUAAGCUGGUGCUAAAAGUUUUAAAAUAACAGUUCUAUUUCUCUAUGGGGAGAGCACAAACUGGUGCACUGUUUUUGGUUGGUGUUGCUACUGAAUUUUUUUCAGUUGUAAAAGGGGAAGUGGCUAUUUAAUUCACCAUUAAUCAGCAGCAUUGUGACUCUAUUAGACCCAUUUUUUUAAACAGGUGAAACAGUUUUCCUUUACAGUUCCUCACCGAAAUGCACUGUGGCUCACUUUUUGGUGUCCUACAAUGGUAAUAAAACAUGUCUGCGGUGAGGAAAAAAGGCCUAUUGCAUCUGUCUACCCUAACCUUAACCCCAACCCCGACCUUAACCCUCAUCCCUUAUUACAAUUAAAGGACUCUGGAGGGCCCUGGUUCGAGUCCCGCACGGCCAACCUCCCCAUGAGGCUUCAUGAACAUCCUAUGAUCGUUCUGGGUUAUCAUUGAAUAUAUGUCUGCAAUUUUUAAUCUGUUUGUGAGAAUAUUUAGUGUCCAUUUUUACAAAUUUUCUUGUUUCUUUCAUAAAAAAAAAAAAGCUUUAGUGUGGCCUCGCCUUGUGGGGGAUCAA